CCGCGCUCCCGGCGCACUCGGAGCCCGGCGGGGACCGGACGCGGAGGCGGGCUGGCCCUGGGUCCGAGAACAGGAGCCGAGCCGGGCCCCGGGCCCGAAGUUUGGCCGCAGCUCCGGGAGGCGGAGCUGGCGCCCCCGGCGGCCUCCAGCCCCCUUUCGCAUCCUCGUCCCGACCCCGCAGGCACCGGGAACCGCAGCCGCGGCCGGGCCAACUCCGAGGAGGGGACGCCGCGACGGGAACUUGAGGCCCUGGAGGGAUGUGAAGGCCCAAAAUGACCCUGUUACCGGGAGACAACUCCGACUACGACUACAGUGCCCUGAGCUGCACCUCGGACGCCUCCUUCCACCCGGCCUUCUUCCCGCAGAGCCAGUCCCUCAAGGGCGUGUUCUACCGGCGGGCCCAGCGGCUGCGGCCACAGGAUGACCCCUGCCAGGGCAGCCCCGCGGGGGACCGCCGGCGGCAGAUCAUCAUCAACGUGGGCGGCAUCAAGUACUCGCUGCCCUGGACCACGCUGGAUGAGUUCCCGCUGACGCGGCUGGGCCAGCUCAAGGCCUGCACCAACUUCGACGACAUCCUCAACGUGUGCGACGACUACGACGUGACCUGCAACGAGUUCUUCUUCGACCGCAACCCGGGCGCCUUCGGCACCAUCCUCACCUUCCUGCGCGCCGGCAAGCUGCGGCUGCUGCGGGAGAUGUGCGCGCUGUCCUUCCAGGAGGAGCUGCUGUACUGGGGCAUCGCCGAGGACCACCUGGACGGCUGCUGCAAGCGCCGCUACCUGCAGAAGGUCGAGGAGUUCGCCGAGAUGGUGGAGCAGGAGGCCGAGGACGACCCGCUGGACAGCCAGGGCCGCGACAGCCAGCGCCCCGCCAGGGCCGAGGGCCGCCUGGGCCGCUGCAUGCGGAGGCUGCGCGACAUGGUGGAGAGGCCGCACUCGGGGCUGCCCGGCAAGGUGUUCGCCUGCCUAUCGGUGCUCUUUGUCACCGUCACCGCUGUCAACCUCUCCGUCAGCACCUUGCCCAGCCUGAGGGAGGAGGAGGAGCAGGGCCAGUGCUCCCAGAUGUGCCGCAACGUCUUCAUCGUGGAGUCGGUGUGCGUGGGCUGGUUCUCGCUGGAGUUCCUGCUACGGUUCAUCCAGGCGCCCAGCAAGUUCGCCUUCCUGCGCAGCCCGCUGACGCUCAUCGACCUGGUGGCCAUCCUGCCCUACUACGUCACGCUGCUGGUGGACGGCGCCGCCUCGGGCCGCCGCAAGCCGGGCGCUGGCAACAGCUACCUGGACAAGGUGGGGCUGGUGCUGCGCGUGCUGCGCGCGCUGCGCAUCCUGUACGUGAUGCGCCUGGCCCGCCACUCGCUGGGGCUGCAGACGCUGGGGCUCACCGCGCGCCGCUGCACCCGCGAGUUUGGGCUCCUGCUGCUCUUCCUGUGCGUGGCCAUCGCCCUCUUCGCCCCGCUGCUGUACGUCAUCGAGAACGAGAUGGCCGACAGCCCCGAGUUCACCAGCAUCCCUGCCUGCUACUGGUGGGCCGUCAUCACCAUGACCACCGUGGGCUACGGAGACAUGGUGCCCAGGAGCACCCCGGGCCAGGUGGUGGCGCUGAGCAGCAUCCUCAGUGGCAUCCUGCUCAUGGCCUUCCCGGUGACCUCCAUCUUCCACACCUUCUCCCGCUCCUACCUGGAGCUCAAGCAGGAGCAGGAGAGGGUGAUGUUCCGCAGGGCCCAGUUCCUCAUCAAAACCAAGUCGCAGCUGAGCGGCAUGUCCCAGGACAGCGACAUCUUGUUCGGAAGUGCCUCCUCGGACACCAGAGACAACAACUGAAGCCCGAGGACGCCCCUGCCCUGCCUGCCAUCCGCAGCUCCACACGCCAGCCAUCUGCCGCAGAAGCCUCAGAGAGACAUGCCGCUUCCGGGUGCGCCCGGAACCUCGCCCCAGGGAGGACACCCGCCACGUGGCAGAGGGUCCCCGACCUCGGCCUCCAGAGUGAGAGGGAAGCUGGUCACGCACAGCGCCCAGCCAGGCUGCCCUAGUCCGUUCCCCUGCCCGGAGGUGCCUGUUCCGCCCUCCCUGUAAAUAACACGUCCAGCAAGACCUGCUUCUUGGUGCCUGGAGAGAAAUACAGACAGCAGAGGCAGGUCUGUCCUUAGCGUGGAGCACGCCCGGGAAAGGGGACCGAGAAAGACAGAUAUGCCCCCCUGGCGCCUGAAAGAGGGAGCAAAGCCCACCAGGGGCCCCCCAGGUAAAGGGCCUGUUUGCUGGGGUUGCUCAGCUGUGGGGUUGGAAGAGGAGAAUGGCCUCUUGGGAGAGGCAGCGCCUGCCGGCCUCCUGUUUCUCCCAAGUCCCAGCCUGUCCCUCUUCCCCCUUGUCCUUUUCCCGUCUUCCCCUUCCUGCCGUGCUCUCUUUUACACCUUAAGGCCUGUUUCUCCCACUGGGUUCCUGAGGCCCUCCUCGCAGUUGACGGGACACACAGGAGCCUGUCACCUGACUCCAGAGGUGCAGUGGCUCGUUCUCUCUCUAGACCACAGUGUGGGUCUUUAUUCCGCCCCCCCCCCCCCCCCCCCCGUGUGUUG